AUGUGGUGGGUCAAAUUUCGCCCAAACGUACAACUUUGUCACGUGCAGACUUACCGUGAAACACAAUCGAAAGAGUGGCAGUACCUAGAUGAAAAUCUCGCAGAGUUCGUUUCUGGUGACCAUCAAAUAAUACCACAAAACACAAUUGGCUCUGAUAUCAAUGUCAACCCUAACUCUGGACGCCCAUACGUCGACGUGCAUAACGUCGUAAGAAUGCCUGGUAUGAAAGAGCCCGAGCGCUUUCACGAGUAUGUAAUUCCCGAACAUCGUCUUUUACCCCAACGCGAUCUGGAAAAGAUUUCGCGUGGAACUUUACGGGGGCCAUUUACCCUUGCGCGGGCUAUUAUUGGAAGGAAGAUGAGGGUCUUUCAUAUCGCCGUAAAGCAUAAGGUAUCGGAGUCCACGGCAGAGUUUUGGACGAAUCUCGACGAUAGACGUCUCCCACUGGCUGGCCUCUGGCUAAAUAAGAUCCAUAGAGCAGCUUGGACAAUCGACGAGUUCUAUCUAAACAUUGUAUUAAGCCACAAUAUUCCAGGCUGGGUUGUGGGUAUUACUACAGCGGUCUUAUUAUCCCUCAUAUUCUCAUUCCUGACCCCCAACUCAACGCUCCCACAAUACCAAGCCGAUGCGGGCAUCGCUGACAUUGUUGACGCAAACCAAGUCGGCGUCCGCGUCCACGAUCUCUUGAUACGACAGCACAGCAAUACUCGAUCUAUGCGCGGGGUUAUCGAAUCAGUUAAAUUACCAAGGACUAAGGCGCUACUGUCCCAGCUCGAUGUCGUCGUUGAUAGGACCUUUGCAACCGCAGAUAAAGUCGAUCGUCUUGGAGACAAGGUGCUGCAUAUGGGUUUCAUGCUAAAGUGGGAAUACGAAAAUAUCCUCGAACAUCUACGAGGAGAGCCGUUCUCGUUAUUUGCCACUGCUUCAAAUGUUUUUCGUACUAUUUUCGGUCCUGCAGACGUUGAACUAAGUUUCGCAGAACGUCCCACCGAAGUUCUGCCCACCGAAGAAGAGCUUUACCAAGCCUGGUGUAUUGCCCUUCAACUUGCCGCAUCCCAGCUGGAAGAGUUGAUCGCAGAUGCCUCCGAAUUGGUACAGUGGUUAAAUGAGCUCCUUGAAGGGACCAACCACUUACACAAUUUGAUGUAUGUAGAUCGCGGCAGGCUAGAGGCAAAACGCGAAAGUCAUUUGGAGUCGUUCUUUUAUAGAUGGAUUAUUGGUUCAGUCCCCAAUCUGGACUUGAAUAAUGAUAUCGCGAUGGUCGAGGCAUUCCUUCCGGACUUGACAAAUUCGAAGGCUUACGUCGAAAGAAUGCGAGACUCGAUGAAGGAUGCAAUGUCGAACUUGGUUGGCUUCAAAUCCAAUGGUAUCGCAAGACAGAGGCCAGAGAAAAUGAGGCUAAGGGGAAGCUUUUAUCGCCACAGGGCGGUGCUCGAAGACGAAUUUGAGAAGUUGAAGAGAGCCCUUGAUGCCCAUCUUGACCCACGGCAGGCCCCUCCAUUACCACCUGCAUCUCCCACUACUACAGCAUACGUUGAGAUCCCACCGCGCGAUCGACCUGUCACUUUCUCGUGA